CGAUAGAGAGUUUAUUCAACAGUUGUAGUUUAACACGCGUUCUAAACGCACACGCUUAAUAAAACUUUAGCGCGUACGCAGUGCCGGCACAUGUAAUUAAACACAUUCUAACGACAAUAAAUUAAUUAAAAGAGAAUAACUUAAAAUGCGUGUCACUAAUUUAUUCUUACUAUUUAUGUCCAUAUACUCAGCGGUAGUAGUGGAUUCAUAUAAAUAUUUGGGUGUUUUACAUACUGGAGCAAAAUCACAUUUUAUUGUUGGUUCAGCUUUAAUGAAAGCUUUAGCCCAAAAGGGUCAUGAGGUUUAUGUGAUCUCACCGUUUCCACAGAAAAAACCUAUUAAAAAUUAUCAUGAUGUACCUUUAGAGUUGAUGAUGAAAAAAAUGAAUGAGCUAACCAGUACUUUGUUGGAUAGUAACGACAGAAGUGUAGUCGAAAAUGUAAUCAAUUACUUUGAUAUGGGUCUCGAUUUGACUGAAAUCGUUUUAAAGGACAACAAUGUACAACAACUUAUGGCCAGUAAUCAUACAUUUGAUGCUGUUAUAUGUGAAGUCUUUCUUUCGGAGGCGCUAUUUGGUUUUAGUGAACACUUUAAGGCACCACUUAUAGGUUUGGGCACAUUUGGUGCCAUUUCAUGGAAUACAGAUAUGGUUGGCUCUCCAUCACCACCUUCGUAUAUACCCAGUGCUAUGUUAAAAUUUACCGAUCAUAUGACUCUUACCGAACGUGUGGGCAAUUUAGCUUUUGUUACAUUUGAGCGUUUAUUUUUGGAUUACCACUAUUUACCCAGACAGGCGGCUUUGUAUGAGAAAUAUUUUCCUCAUUUGGAAAGAGAUAUGUAUACAGUGCGUAAAAAUGCUGCUGCUGUUUUGCUUAAUACUCAUGUGUCGCUGGGUUAUGCCAGACCCUAUGUACCCAAUCAAAUUGAGGUGGGCGGCAUGCAUAUUAAUCGCCAGCGUAAACCUUUACCUGCCGAUAUAGAGAAAUUUAUCGCUGAAGCUAAACAUGGUGUAGUCUACUUUUCUAUGGGUUCUAAUUUGAAGAGUAAGGAUUUACCUGCAGCUAAGAAACAGGAGCUAUUGACAGCCUUUAAAAGUCUUAAACAAAGAGUCUUAUGGAAAUUUGAAGAUCUUAAAUUGGAAGGAAAACCCGAUAAUGUUUUCAUUAGUGACUGGUUCCCUCAAGACGAUAUUUUGGCCCAUGAAAAUGUUAAAGUUUUCAUUACACAUGGUGGUCUUUUAAGUACCACCGAAAGUAUUUACCAUGGUACACCUUUCAUAGGUAUACCCAUAUUUGGUGAUCAAUUCCUUAAUAUGGCUCGUGCAGAAGCUAAUGGUUAUGGCAUACGUUUAGACUAUCAAACUCUAAAUGCUAAGGAUCUCAUAGCAGCUGUGGAACGUGUGAUAAAUGAUCCAAGUUAUAAUCAACGUAUAAAAGAAAUGUCUGCCACAUAUAGGGAUCAACCUAUGUUGCCUUUGGAUUUAGCUGUUUAUUGGGUGGAACAUAUAGUGCGUCAUAAGGGUGCUAAAUAUUUACAUUGUGCUGGUUUAGAUUUAAGUUUUAUUGAAUAUCAUAACAUUGAUGCCAUGUUAAUAUUAUAUGGAGGUAUUCUAUUUACUCUAUUUGCUAUUAUUUACUUUUUGAAUUUGUUGAUUAAGGCGGUAGUGAGGAAAUUCACUCCUCAACAAAAGUCAAAUAAGAAGAACAAACAGAAAAGGAAUUAGUUAGGAGAAAGGCUAUUGUAACUUACAUAUGUAAAUAAAUUUAGUUAAUUUUUGUAAUUUUUUAAUUAAUUGAUGAAAAUAAAUAAAUAAAAUAAUUUUAUAUAUUAAUUGUUAAAA